AUGGUAUGAGGGCCAGAUUGGGAAUACAGGUACCUUAGCAUAUGCUACUGUACCUGUAGACUUCCAGUCAUUGAGCUAAUGCUAGUUACCAGAAUCUCUCUGUAUUCCUCUAAAGCCACACUGUAAAAUGGAUCUGAUUUGGAUUAAAAAUGUGGAAUAAAUAUGUGGAAUCAUGUGGAAGUUUCAUUCAUGUCUCUAUGAUUAAAUAAACACUUUGUUUGUUUUUGGCAGGAGAAAGACCAGACUCUGAGGAACCAGAGGAAGAAAUGUCCAAACCAGCAAGACCAUACCACUGCUCCCAGUGUGCAAAGAGUUUUACCCAGUUCGGGACCAUGAAAAGACACGAGAGGACACACACAGGUGAUAAACCUUACCACUGCUCCCAGUGUGGAAAGAGUUUUACUGAGAUGGGGUCCCUGAAAAAGCACAAGAGAAUACAUCCAGGAGAAAAGCCAUACCACUGCUCCCAGUGUGGAAAGAGUUUUAACCAGUCAAGGGACCUGAAAGAUCAUAAGAGAAUACAUACAGGAGAAAAGCGCCACCACUGUUCCCAGUGUGGAAAGAGUUUUACUCAGUUAGGGAGUCUGAAAAGUCAUAAGCGAAUACACUCUGGAGAGAAGCCUUAUCACUGCUCCAAAUGUGGAAUUGCUUUUUCAGAGUUAAAAACCUUGAAAAGGCAUGAGAGCAUACACACAGGUGAGAAGCCUUACCACUGUACCUACUGUGGAAAGAGUUUUAGACGAUCGGAAUAUCUGAAAUUACACGAGAGAAUACACACAGGAGAAAAGCCUUACCACUGUUCCCAGUGUGGAAUGAGUUUUAGGCAGUUAAGGGACCUCAAAGAUCAUAUGCAAAUGCACUCUGGAGAGAACUCUAGCACAUGUUCACAUUGUGGAAAGAGUUUUCUGAGUUUAAGAACUCUGAAAUUCCAUGAGCAUAUACACACAUACAAAAAGGAAAAGUACCAAUGUUCCUCGUGUGGAAAGUGGUUUACCCAGUUAGAAGCCCUGAUUAUGCAUGACAGGAAACACACAGGAGGGGAUAAGACCUACCACUGCUCCCAGUGUGGAAAAAGAUUUAAUUGGUUAAGGCAGCUGAAUAAGCAUGAAAGAAUACAUACACAGGAGGAGAAGACAUACCACUGCUCUCAGUGUGGAAAGACAUUUUCCCAGUCAGAGGACCUGAAAUCACAUGAGAGAAUAGAGAGGCUGUGUUCUGACUUGUGUUUCUGACUGAUCAUUUGUGUUCUUGUUUCAUGCCACGUGAAAUCAAAUUGUAUGAAACCAGAAAAAAAAGUUUUUACUUUUGUUGUUGUUUCAUUUAGAGACAUGAUCGUGUCUAAAUAUCAGAUUAAAUAUUUAAAAUUGUC